UUUAUUUAUUUGUUAUUAUUGUAAAUGAACAGUAAAUAAUGUGGUUCACACUCCUUACCAGUUGGUGGCGACAAUGCCCUAAAUCGUUGUUUGCCAACCGCCAAAAGAAGAAGAAGAGGCUCCGCAUCCCCGUGCCCCAUCAGUGCUUUUGUUUACCAUUGUGUUUCCUUAUAGAUGUACUCUUAUAUUCGGUAUGUUGAAAACAACCCACAUAAUUAGUCUUGGCUGGUUGUUCGAGGGCUGAGUGCGUUGUGUCAGUUAAAGGCUGCACAUGAUGACCUCAGAGUCUGCCAGCCUGGAGAGCCUGCGCGUGCUGUUUCAGAGCGAUGACUACAUCGUGGUGGACAAGCACUGGGACAUCCGCAUUGACAGCAAGAUGUGGUACGAGAAACACACCGUGCAGGCGCAACUUCGGCACCGGUUCCCACAGCUGGCAGACCCUAGCACCUACUAUGGAUUCAGGUUCUGUCAUCAGCUGGAUUUCUCCACGAGUGGGGCUCUUUGUGUCGCCCUCAAUAAGGCUGCUGCCGGCCGGGCUUACCGCUGCUUCAAAGACCGCACUGUCACCAAAGCCUACCUCGCCAUGGUACGUGGCUUGGUAGAAAAAGACACACAAACUUUGGACUUCUCCAUUGGCAAGAACUCCUCAGAAGGAAAAACUCACAUGAUGUGUAUUGAGGGAACAGAAGGUUGUGAGAACCCCAAGCCUUGCCAAACUGAGAUGAUGGUUUUGGAGUAUGGGUUGUAUGAUGGAGACCCUGUCACCAAGGUGCUACUGCAGCCACUCACUGGCCGAACCCACCAGUUAAGGGUUCACUGCAGCGCAAUAGGCCACCCUAUCGUUGGGGACUUUACCUACAGCUUGGGAGCGGACGACUCAACCUACCGCAUGAUGCUGCACGCCCACCUCCUCCACAUUCCCCUGGAACCUGAGCCCCUGCUCGUCUCUGCUGGAGACCCCUUUCUCCCCGCGGUGGAUCCCAAGUGGCUCCCACAGCGCUCGAUACGGCCACUGGCGGCCACUGUGAAGGCGUUGCUGGAGCACAGGGGGGAGGAAGACAGGAAGAUCAAAGAGGAGAAGAGAGAGAGGACGAGAAGGGAGGAGGAGAAGAAGAAAGGACGCAGGGAACAGAGGACUGAGCAGGAGAGUGAGGAGCAGAGGAAGCAGUGUCAGCAGUGGCUGAGUGAAUGGGCUGGAGACUGAUGUAUUAUUAUUAUUUUAUUUAAGUUGUUUCCUGAGCAAGGCCACGUUGAGCAUGCAUGCUCCAUCUCACUGACCACUCGCGUUUGCAUUGAAAUGGCAUACCUGGAAGUGAACCAGUAGUUACAAACAUUAUGUUAGGAACAAACAGUGCGAGCAUGUGAGCUGCUGCUUCUGUCUAAAACAAGCAGUUGCACUGCAUAAGCUGAGAAAUAAGUGCUUUGCUCAAGUUUACGUUGACAUGUUAGGGGUUGGUUUGAUGCUUUACAUUUAUUGUAAUACACAUCCCCCCCGCCCUCUUAAGAAUUCAAAUUGGUGCCUUUGUCACACGUCUUUGCUGCAAAUGGUUAGAUGAACAUACAGUAUGUAAUUUUCGGCCAUUAGGGGAUAUAAUCAAAGAAUAACAAAAGACGGAGCUGUCACUGCAGUCAGUUUUUCCCCAUUUGUAAUUUUUCUCUUAAAAACAAAUGGACCUGGUGAUUUAAACUGGUAAAACACAGAAUUUAAAGUUUAAAAUCAGUGUUUCUACGAUCCAGUUUGGCUCAUCAGCGGAGAAGUGCCACAGUUUGCUCAGCUUGUUUCUGUGAUAACUUAAGAUCCUGGGUGAGGUAAAGGUAUUGGUCUGUGACUGAAAUUUGUCAUCCACUUAAAAUAUAUAGUUAAAAAAUCUAGUGGCUUAAAUUCAUUUAAAAAGUAAAUUCAUGACAGCUUCUGGCAGACAACCACAAUGCUGAUGCAUGCCCAAAGGGGAUAUUUCACCAUUGGCAGGCGACUGCGACCAAAUGACAUGCACCGUGUAAUUGAUUUGAAUUACAGAUUUCUGUGGGUUUGAAUAUUGUUGGAAACGACAACUUGACAAAUAUACAACUUUAGGUCUAGUCGUUUUAAGACAUUUUAAUGUGGACAUUCUAGCUAUUAUAUUUUAAACUGUGAUUGCGAGCCUUUAGCAGCAGCAAAUGUUUUUUGUCCAUGUCCAAAUGCUGGUAGGUUUAUGUGUGUCGUCACAUACGCUGCAUGGCUGUAAGUAACCUGUAACAUACAUGGGAUCUGCCCUGGAUGUUUCUGUGCCUUUUGUUGUUUGUUGAUUGCUUUACAGCUUUAAAUCAAAACAUUUUACCUUUAAAAAAAACUGUAUGUCAAUGUAACAACAAAUGUCUACAAUAUACUAUUACUUUGUUCAGCUCUAAUAUAAAAACUAAAUAAAUGGUUGAACAA